CGCCAAAGUUGGCCACUUAAACUCCUCUCAGGCAGCAAACAGAAGCUGUAAUCAAAACUAGCAGAACCUCUCACUAAUAUUUACUCACAGUUGCUUCAGUGCACAUUCCAUGCUUUCCUCUGCUAAUCCUGCUAUUGGUUUUUUGUAUCCACUGUAAGAACUUUUUUCAGCUGCACAGUCGGCAUUGUCCACUGGUGUGUGUUUGGAUUUCUUUUUACAUUUUUUGGGGGACCUUUUACAGUUUCCAAGCCGCAAACAACUCUGGAGCUUUCUGUGUGAUUGGUUUCUUUAAUUUAUUAGUGAGAGAUUACAUUGUGUGGGGGUAGCUGGAAUGGCUACUUUACCAGGAACAGUUCCUCGAAUGAUGCGGCCAGCACCAGGCCAGAACUACCCACGAACCGGAUUCCCGUUAGAAGUCUCAACGCCUCUGGGUCAAGGUCGAGUGAACCAGCUCGGCGGAGUUUUCAUCAACGGAAGGCCACUGCCAAAUCAUAUUCGACACAAAAUAGUGGAAAUGGCCCAUCACGGCAUCCGACCCUGUGUGAUCUCCAGACAGCUGCGGGUCUCACACGGCUGCGUGUCCAAAAUCCUCUGUCGCUACCAGGAGACCGGUUCCAUUCGUCCGGGAGCGAUAGGUGGAAGUAAACCGAGGCAAGUUGCAACACCCGACGUUGAGAAGAGAAUCGAGGAAUACAAACGCGAGAAUCCAGGGAUGUUCAGCUGGGAAAUCCGGGAUAAGUUGCUGAAGGACGGGGUGUGUGACAGAGGCACGGUUCCUUCAGGUGAGGCCUCUUCCGUUAGCUCCAUUAGUCGGGUUUUGAGAGCUCGUUUUGGCAAGAAAGAUGACGAUGACGAGUGUGAUAAGAAAGAUGAAGACGGAGAAAAGAAAACCAAGCACAGCAUCGAUGGGAUUCUCGGGGAUAAAGGUAACCGUACAGAUGAUGGCUCGGAUGUGGAGUCGGAGCCAGACCUGCCCCUGAAAAGGAAACAGAGACGCAGCCGUACCACCUUCACAGCGGAGCAGCUGGAAGAGCUCGAGAAGGCCUUUGAGAGGACGCACUACCCUGACAUCUACACUAGAGAGGAGCUUGCACAGAGGACUAAACUGACAGAGGCUCGUGUACAGGUCUGGUUUAGCAACCGAAGAGCAAGAUGGCGCAAACAGGCAGGAGCAAAUCAGCUGGCAGCAUUCAACCACUUGUUGCCUGGAGGGUUUCCUCCAGCUGGCAUGCCAACCUUAUCUACCUAUCAGCUUCCAGAGUCAACGUAUCCCAGCACCACUCUCUCGCAAGAUGGCAGCAGUACGCUGCACCGGCCGCAGCCUCUGCCUCCUUCUUCCAUGCACCAGGGUGGACUCUCAGCUGACAGUAGCUCUGCCUACUGCCUCUCAUCCAACCGCCACUCCUUCUCCAGCUAUUCAGAGACUUUUAUGAGCCCGUCAGCUUCAAGCAACCACAUGAAUCCCGUGAGCAACGGCCUUUCGCCACAGGUGAUGAGUAUUUUGAGUAACCCCAGUGCCGUCCAGUCCCAGGCUCAGCACGAUUUCUCCAUCUCUCCUCUCCACGGCAGUCUGGAGGCAUCUAACCCCAUCUCAGCGAGCUGCAGCCAGCGUUCAGACCCCAUCAAGAGUGUGGACAGUCUGGCCUCCUCUCAGUCCUAUUGUCCUCCCACAUACAGCGCCACCAGCUACAGCGUGGACCCCGUCACUGCUGGAUACCAGUACAGCCAGUACGGCCAGACCGCUGUGGACUAUCUGGCCAAGAACGUGGGUCUGUCGACUCAGAGAAGGAUGAAGCUGGCCGACCAUUCGGCGGUGCUGGGACUCCUGCAGGUGGAGACGGGACAGGCUUACUGAGUCCGAUCACUACAAACACACCUUCACACGCUCACAGAUGCACAAACACCUCCUCCGACCAGCUGGAGCUCUUCAGUGCAUCCGCCAGCACGGGUGUGAGAGGCUUUCACUCUGAUUCUCAAGACAAGAAACUCUUGCCAUUCCGUUUGACGUGACCUUCUCGUAAUUCUGGGCUUGUCUUGUACCUCUAAUUCAGACAAGAGGACCAUGCAACGGCUGCAGGCACGUCAACGGACGCAAGAACGCAUUCCGAGCCAUUUCCAAAACGUACUUUCACCUCACUGUGCAUAGUCGUGUAUGAAUCUCAGUGUCAUUACUAUGGAUAAUCUCGCUUGUUUUCUAUUGAUAUUGUUAUUACAUUUGCCCUUACAGUUGUUGUAAUUAUGAUUAUCGUAACUAUUGUUUAGUUUCGUUGUUUCAAGAUCCACACGUAGCAUUUUUUACUAAUUCAAACCCCGGAGUUUUUUAUGUGAAAUGCUAGCAGUGGGCUAAAAAAGAACAGGGGAUCGAGUGUUUUUCUCCUUACAGCCGUAAUGUUCCUGAGCGAUUUGACCUUCUCUGACUUCAUAUUUCACUUGACAUUCCAUGCAAACUUGACUACUCUGUGGGAAGUCUGGAUUUCUGCUGGGAAUUAGCUGUGCUUUUAAAGGACCAGUGAUUUUUCCCCUCGCUCAAAUGCCAGUUUUGUUUUAAGCAAUCAUCUGGGAGAAAGAAAACGACAUGUCAGGAAACUGGAUUUAUAACGCUUUUUUCUAAAUUGUAUUCGUUAAUUUUCUAGAGUGAAGCAACACUUUCCCCUCAAACUAGACAAAAAUGAAUAGUUUGACACAUGUAUAUUAUGAUUUUGAGUUAAGCAAUGCAAACAUUUAACAUUCUAUUUAGAUUGUACAAUUUGUUAAGUAACGUUUCAAAUGCACAAGUUAAUUUUAGACCAAGUACUACAGUGUUUAAAAGUUUGGGAUCAGUAUAAUAAAUAUUUUUUUGAAAACGGUACCUUUGAUCAAAAAUAAAGUAAAAACAGGAAAUAUUAUUACAAUUUAAAAAAGCAUUUUCAAUUUGAAUAUAUUUAAAAAUGUAAUUUAUUCUUGUGAUGCAAAGCUGAAUUUUCAGCAUCAUUUCACCAGUCUUCAGUGUCACGUGAUCCAUUAGAAAUAAUUAUAAUAAUACUGAUUUCUGCUCAUUUCAAACAUUUCUAAUUAUUAUUUCGUGGAAACCAUGAUCAUUUUAGUUUCUUUGAUGAACAGAAAGUUCAAAACAUAGCAUUUUCAUAACGUUAUAAAUGUCUUGACUGUACAUUUUAAUCAAUUUGUUGAAUCUUUGCUGAAUAAAGUAAUACAUUUAUUUAAAAAAAAAAAUCUAACUGACCCUAUACUUUUGACACUUUAUGAUAAUUUUGACAACAUUCCACAUUCCAGAUUACAGUGACCAAUCCAUCUCAACUGCUUUCUUACGUUCCCAUUUCGUUUUCUCUUUUGUUAUGUUAUAAACUAAUACAAAUACACACACCAGGUCUCCUGUAAUUAAAAUCCCAUGCAUUCACAAGUUUGUACAAAAAAGAUGUGAUAUUUCGACGAUAUUUGUGUAGCACUCACAGGUGACAUUUUGACACAUAAAUGGAACUGUACAGUAGAUGAAGCAGAUCGUUUAUUGUUUGUUUAUAAAGAAUAUGUUUUAUACUAAAACAGAAAAGGUGUUGUGUGGUAGAUGAAGCAGGGGAUAUGUGUAAGUCUUAUAUUGUAAUUUUGUGUUUAUAUUCACUGCUUUUGUUUCUUUGUUUUCGAUAGUUAUUAUGUAUCAUUUUCUUAGGAUUCAACGUGAGAAUCUCUUGGUAAAAGACAGUCGCACUUAAAACUGACUGGAAGGUGAAUUGUUUGCUUUUGAUUCCCAGCUUCAAAUCUGUGGAUCCAUAAUGAAGAUGAAAUAUUGACAUUAAUAAUAUUUGGAGGUGACCGAUGGCUCAUGUAACGGACUGUGGGAAACACAGCAGUGUUUGGUGCUAACUGGCUGCUUCCGACUCAAUGUAUUCCUCAUGAACGUUUUAUUGGGUGCAUUUAAGGGGAAAAAGAACUCUUCAAGAAAACCAUGUGACCCAAACUCCGCCCACUUCCCUUUCAACUGUCGAUAUCUUUAUCAAAUGAGCAAUGAAAAGACUUCUAGCAUAGAACAUCCACGGCUAACAUCUUUGUUAAUCAACAUUUGGAUAUUAAAAAUAUUAAUAUUACCAUGCCCCUCUGGGACGUCAAAAUGGGCACCUGCUUUCAUUAGCAUUUGUGUUUAUACUUUUCUCCCAUUUCCUUUCAGCAUGUGUGUACGUUAUCAUGGUAUAAUUUAUUCUGCUGUAUGAAGUAGUAGCUUUAGUGGGAACCUUGUAUUUGGUAUUUACUACCUUCAGCCUGUUGGUGUCUUUACUGUAACACUGGCGUAAAUGUUAUCAAUUAAAGAUCUAAAACUAAAA